UAAAAGUUUAUUUUGUGUAUGUUGAAUAAAGUUGUGCUCAUUCACGUGCUUCUAACGUAUGAUUAAAAUAUUUUUGUUCAAUAGAAACUAAAAUAAAACAAAAUGAAGCACAAAAGAUUCGAAGAGAACAUUUUAGUGGACGAAGCGUAUACGAAUUACGGUAAAGUUGAUAAAAAUGCUGAUGAAAAAAAAGGUUAUGGUAUAGCAAAACAUUUCGCUGAUACUCUAGAAUACGCGGACAAAAAGAAAUGGUAUCAGCAGCUACCAGAAGAGCCUUCGACACAAGGAUCGAUAACGCAAGAAAAAAUUGAAGAACUCCGUAAAGAAGCGAGUAGUGCUCUACAUGGUGACACAUUAGCUUAUGAAACAAAAUCAAGUAAAAGUGGUUCAUCCGACCAACAGUGGGCUCGUACACUAUUAACCAAAGGUACAAUUGGAGACAGAGUGGCCGCAGCAACAAUACUAAUACAGGACAAUCCGCUGUAUAAUUUGACGGCAUUGAGGAAUUUAAUCAAUAAUGUGAAGCCAGCUAAGAAGAAGGAUGGCAUAGUUAUAAUAGAUGCUGUAUCGGAACUGUUAGUAUCAGAGCUGCUCAUCCCUGACACCAAGCUGCGCACCUUCCAGCAGCAUCCUCUACAUGUCAUCGAUGAAAUCACAUCGGGCAACAAACAGGCAAGACGGAAUGUUCUAAAACUAUGGUACUAUGAAGAUCAACUUAAAGAGUUGUACGGAACUUAUGUGGAAGCAUUAAACAAGUUUGCUCAUGACACAGUGGACGCUAAUAAGGAAAAGUCUAUCAGUGCCAUGUCUUACCUCUUGAUGCAUCAUCCGGAGAGAGAAAAGAUGCUCCUAACUAAUAUAAUAAAUAAACUCGGCGAUCCGAGCCAAACGGUGGCAUCGAAAGUGAUCUACCAUCUCUGUCAACUUCUAUACAACCAUCCGAAUAUGAAAUCUGUUGUUUUAGCUGAGAUAGAGAAAAUGUUGUUCAGAUCAAACAUAUCCCCACGCGCUCAAUACUAUGGAGUGUGUUUCUUGAACCAGUUCUUCCUUGGUAAGGAUGACAGUCGGAUAGCUGAGAACUUGAUCAGAAUAUACUUCUCAUUCUUCAAGGCUUCUAUCAAGAAGGGUGAAAUAGAUUCUCGUCUCAUGUCAGCUAUCCUGACGGGUGUGAAGCGAGCCUAUCCCUUUGCUGACAGGGAGCGGUUGGUUGAGGCCUCCCAGCAUGUAGACGCUGUGCACAGACUGGUCCACCUGGCCAACAUCAACGUGGCGAUACAUGCACUGGCCUUGCUGUAUCACAUCAGUGAUGCUAACAAAGGGACAUCUGACAGAUACUACACAGCCUUGUACCGGAAACUGACAAAUUCCAAUAUAUUCAAUACUACCCACUCUGCAUUGUUCUUCUCUCUCAUAUACAAGUCGUUGAAGCAGGACAAGGAUAUAGACCGGGUGACGUCAUUCAUCAAGAGAUUAUUACAGUUGUCCUGCUACAUGAGCCCUGGCCAGGCUUGCGGAAUGCUCUUCCUCAUCUCGCAAGUAUUGAAGAGUGAUGAUAAGAGAGAGGCUGUAAAACUGGUCUUUACUGAGAUUAAAGAGGAAAUUAAAGAAGAAAAUGAAACUAAAAAUAAUGAUGAAAAUCCAGAAGAAUUAAUGCAUUCAGAAGUUGAAUUAGACGAGAGUAAGGAAGAUGUCGAGGAAAAUGUCAAACAGAAAAAAAUUGAUCUCUUAAUAGGAGAUAAGAAAGAUUUAUUAAUGGAUGAUGAAGAAGAGACAUAUGUUGACCUCAAAAUAGACGAUGAAGGUAACAUAAAGCCUAAGAAGAGGAAUACGAACUCUGUGACUGGGUGGUUUCAUGCUAGAGUUGACAAGAAAGAUGUCCAAGAAAAAGACGUUGAGAAACAGUUGAAGAAAGCUAUUAAUAUUGGAAAGACGAUAACCAGUUAUAGUCCACUGUGCCGUGACCCUCGUUUCACCGGAGCACACCUGACGGCGAUGGCUGAACUGACUAUGCUGAUGAAACAUCAUCAUCCGAGUGUCAAGAUGUUUGCUGAAAAAUUACUGAAUAAUCAAAUAAUCCAAUACGGCGGUGACCCUUUGAAGGACUUUUCCGGCAUCCGUUUCCUGGAUAGAUUCGUGUUCAAGAAUCCAAAGAAACGUGCCGAGGUCACUGAUGGGGAGGUCAAAAAGGUUAAGGGGUCACAUCCGAAGUUCGCUGUUAGAAAGAAUUAUACAGCUAAAGGCAUCAGAAGUAUCGCUGUCAAUUCAUCGGCAUAUUUGAAUGAGGAUGUCAAGAAAAUUCCUGUCGAUGAAAGAUUCCUAUAUGAUUUCCUUCAAAAGCGCCGAGCGGCUGCUGAUAGUGAUGAGGAGAGUGACAACGACUCGGUGACCAGCGAAGAUUUUGAGACUUAUUUGGAUUCAGUCACUGGAACCAAAGCACAGGAAUCCGAUGAGGAAUUAGAUUAUUUGGGUGAAUUGGAGUCGAGUAAACAGAAACGAUCGAAGAAAGUUGAUGAUGACAAAGAUGAAGUGAUGAGCGAUGAUCAAGAUGAAGACGAUGAUAGCGAUGGCGAACUCAAUAUAUCCGGUGAUGAAGAUGAGCCAGUACUAUCUGGAGACGAGGACGAACUUAUGUUAGAAGACAGCGAAGAAGAAGAUCAGAUAGAUAUACCAGGAAAGAAGUCCAAAAAGGAUGCUAUUAAAUUAAAAGGUCACGAAAAUCUUGGGUCACUGUUUGCAUCGGCCGAAGAGUUCUCGACGCUUCUAGAAGAGACGGCUGCGAAUAAAAAACAAGGUUCAAGCCAAGCGGUAUCAAACACAGACAAUUCAAGCACAAAACAACUAGCUUGGGAGGAAAAACGCGAUAGAUGGAUCAAAGGAUACAAUAAGAAGAUAUUGGGACAUAAGAGCAAGGGCAAAAAAUUCAAUAGCAAAAAUAACAAAAAUGUCAAAGGCACAAAAAUGGCUGAUAAAAAUAUUGGCGGGAAACGAAAAGGCGGAAAAACUGACAGCGCCGGCGGAAAGAAGAAGAAAACAAAAUAAUUGUUACAUGUGUUGCGAAUAAAUAAUAAACACUCGUCUUGUA